AUGCAGAUUGCAAAGGAGGCGACGGACCGCGAUGGGAUAGUGGCUCCACCCUGCACCAAACAACCGGCCGAUGCCGUGCACCAAUCGGUGUCAGUGCGCUCUGCCUUCAGUGGCGCAACGGUUUUCAUGACAGGUGCUCUGGGCUUCGUGGGGAGCGUCACUUUGGAGCAGCUGCUGCGCACUUGCCCUGACGUCCGCAAAGUCAUCCUGCUCGUCCGUAGCAAGAAGGGCCAGUCAGGAGAGCAGCGGCUAGACCAUUUGCUGCACAAGCGGCCGCUAUUUCAAAGCAUGUGGAAGGAUGGACGGCUGCCGGACGCGGUACGCGCGAAGCUGGAGGUGCUGGAAGGUGACAUCAGCAAGGCUGACUGCGGGCUGAGUCAGCGCCAGCUGGCACGGCUCUGCGCUGAGGUGGACUGGGUCGUCCACAGCGCGGCUUCCAUCUCCUUCUUCGACCACGUCCACUCUCUCCUGGACCAGAACUACCUGGCCACGAAGCGGGUGGCUGAGCUGGCGGAGGGAAUGCCACGGCUGCGUGGCUUUGUGCACGUGUCAACGGCGUACGUGAAUGCGCACCACGGCAGGGGCAGCCACAUCGAGGAGGACAUCUACCCUCUUUAUCUGAGCAACGGGCAGGCCAUAAGACAUAACAGCCUGGCGGCUGAGCUGGCAGCGCUGCCGCACGCCAAGGCCGAGCGCAAGGCGCAGGCGCUUCUGCGCGAGGUUGGCCUGCCCAACUGCUACACGCUGACCAAGCACAUGGCGGAGUCCCUGCUGGCGGACGCGCACGCCGCCGGACGCAUGCGCGUCGCCAUCGUGCGGCCGUCAGUCAUCGGCUGCAUCGCAUGCGCGCCCCUGCCGGGAUAUUUCGGCAACGCCGCCGGCGUCACCAGUGCCAUCCUGGCAUUCGCAUCCGGUGCUCCUAUCCCUUUUGUUCUGCGGCAUGGCUCGCUUUGUGUCCACGACCCGCAGAAUGUGUUUGACUGCAUCCCCUGCGACGUUGUGGCCAGUGUUGUGCUGCUCUCCGCCGCAGCCUUGCACGCGGGGCCGAGCGAGGCCAAGGCGCUGAUUCUGCAUGCGGCAUCGAGCACCACAAACGCUGUCAAGUACUGCGACCUGUUCGAGUCCACGGUGCUGCCCUACUGGCAGAGCCACCCUCCUCGCCACCGGCUGACAUCCAAGCCCUACAAGUCCAUCUGGGACAAGAACUCCAGGCUGCGGCUGCGGCAAGGGCUGCGGCUGCGUUCCAUCGCUGUGGGCCUGCGCCUCGCCGGGCGUCCGGCCUUGGCCGAUCGGCUGCUGUCUGGGUGGAAGGUGUGGAAGCUGUACAACACGUCGAGCAUGGACUUCCACCUCUUCUUCUGCUACGCCAACGUGGAACGCCUGCAUGGAGGCCUGGACGCUGCAGAGAGCGCCCUCUUCAAGCCCCUCUGGCAGGCUCCCGGUGACGAGUGGGAGAAGUACAUGCUGGUGUACAUGGCAGCCAUCCGCGAUAAAUUCUACCCAGCGCCGAAGCAGUGA